CAUGGCCGCCAACUUUCUCGAGUUUUGUCAACAUCACCACAAUUAUCACAUUAUAUCUAAGCGUAUUACACAGUUUAAGUCACAAGUUACAGGCUUAAACACAAGAACUUAAUUCCAGGCACAGUGAGAAAUCAUGCGAGAGGCAAAGAAACGCAACAAAGGCGUCGAUCUGACGACCUUUUCAUUGAAGGUUGAGGAACUAACAAGCCUCUAUCAUGGGAUGACUGCGGCAAACAAGAAAAAGGCAGCUGCAAUCCUAUCCUCUGCCUGGAAGAACAUGUCUCCAAUUGCCUCUGACAAGGAGAAGAACAGUGCAGGACACCCGGCUGUCUCAGAGCCUUCAUCUGUGUUACCACGGCCACAUAAAAAAGGUCUCUUCAAGAAAAAUGCUGGUGAUACGACUAAUGGCAAUACUGGUGAGGGUCAGGGCGAGUUCACUUCUCUGUUGCAGAACAUGCUGGACACAGUAGUAUCCAAAGAAGAUGGGCAGCAAGGGAGAAAGAUGAAAUUGAGACGCCGGAAAUCUCAGACAAGACAUGUCACUUCUCGAACGGGUAGACAGCGCAAGGGACUUGCGGUGGAUGCAGAACAGACAGUGUAUGCAAUCAAUGACAAUGGACCCCACGUUAAUUCUGUUGAUGUGGUUGGAAAUGCUGGUGUUGAACGUUUUGCAGUAAAUGAACAAUCUCCAGGAGAUAACUCUGGUCCUGUUUCUCUGCCAUCGUUCAGAGAUGCAAGUAUUUGUCAACGCUCGUCACCUCCUGAACUGGAGGAGAGGAUGUCUUCAUCUGUGUCUGUUCAUCGUGAUGGGCCGCCAACGUCCAGCGUUAUAUUGCCUCCGAAGCGUUCUAGGCCUGGGGCAACCCCGUCCACUGGUUUUGAGGAGAGCAAUAUUGAUAUGGUGCUGGAGAUUGUUGAGGAUGCCAUACCAGGAGAGACCGCAGGAGUGUAUGGGAACCUUGCUGCCUCCGGUAGUCAGACACAAAUGGUGCUUGGAAACGGUGCUGUGGAUGCAGCAAACUAUGAGAGUGGGGAUUGUGAUGAUCUGUUAGAUUUAGAAUUAGAUAUUUAUAACGAAGUCAAUGAGGAUACAGAAAUUGAGGAGGAAAGUUUGCAAAAUGAUCAAAGUGCUGCCGCGGUUCCGAAAUUAAAAACAAAAAUUCAUAACGUAGUUCACAAGUGUCAAGAAUGUGGUGAAAUGUUUACACACGGCCGUCCUUUCAAGAGACACCUAUUGGGUCAUGCUGACUCACAUUAUCCACUGUGUUGUCGUAUGUGUAAGGUGGAAUUUGAGGGGUACAUUACAUUUAAAUACCAUAAGUGUCACCCACCUCCCAGAGAACUAUCAUGCAAGCAGUGUCAAACAAAAUGUUUCAACCACAAACGUUUACAAAGGCACAUCCACUUGAAACAUGGCCGCAGCAAAACUCAACCACAAUAUUUCUGUCAAUUCUGCAACAAGGCAUUCAGUCGGAAACUGUCCAUGUUCAAACACUAUAAGGAACAUGCGAGUGGGAAGUUUGUGUGUCUGCGGUGCGGUGAGUUGAUCGAAGACAAGGAAACAUACUAUGACCAUGUGACAAAGCACGAGCGAGAUGCCAAUUUCAUGUGUGAGAAAUGUGGCAUUGGCUUCUCCAAGGUGCAGCUCUACAAGAAACACAUGAAGGCCCAUGAGAGAUUCGAGUGUCCAGAGUGUAACAUGACAUUUCCUACUCGGAAGGCCCAGUUCAGGCACAACCGCCUCAUCCAUGCGGCACAGUUUGGAGACCUAAGUAGCAAGCGGUACCGGUGUGACAAGUGUCCUAAAAGCUUUCCUCGGCCCGGGCUACUUGACUUACAUAAGAGGGUGCACACAGGUGAGCGGCCUCUAGAGUGCGACCUGUGUAAGGUGUUCUUCCGCACUCCAAAGGCUUUGAGGAAACACAAGAUGACCAACACCCACUUACUGAAGGCUGGCGAGGUUGCCCGGGAGAGGAAUCAUCUGUGUGCCUUGUGUGGACAGGCGUAUUUCAGGAAAUACGCGCUACAGCGUCACAUGAAGACACACUGUGACGAGAAACCAUUCAACUGCCCACACUGUGAUUACAAGUGUAAGGAGAGUACGAAUCUGAAACGCCACAUCAUGAGGCAUCUGUCCGAACGCAACUUCAUCUGUGAGAUCUGUGGCUCAUCAUUCCACACAAAGAAGACACUCGAGACUCAUGUCAUUUAUAAACAUUCGAGCAACAGGGAUUACAAAUGUACUGAGUGUACGAUGGCGUUCAAGACGCCGAAUGCUUUACGGCGUCACAUGACUAGUCAUAGUGAUAAACGGCCUCAUACGUGUUGGUGUGGGAGUGGGUUCAAUCGCAUGUAUAAUCUGAGACGGCAUAUGAAGUCAGUCCAUGGUACGGAUGAGGAGCUGCCUCGGGUCAGGAAGGUACGGGUGUUAGAGGAAGAUGUCAGGGAUGUGUACAAUACUGGCCAGCUCCCUUUGACGAUCCCAGCUGUGACGAGUGCAGCCGAGAUGCCUCUAUUCAGUCCCCAUGACAGCAUCUCUCCCUCCAUGGUCAUGGCUCGACCCUCUAUGCAUCCACUGAAACAAGAUUACAUCACCUCUGUCGGCUCUCAGGGAAUGCUACCUGGCCAGAGCCCAUCCCUCUUUACUUUAACUCCCCCAUCCCUUUCUUUACCUGAUCUGAAAUCGGUCCAGCUGCCCUCUGAUAUGAAUUAUGCAGUCAUGCCCCAGACCCAGCUUUCAGAAGAUGAAAAGGUGGCUCAUGUCACAUCGCAUCUUUUAUCAGAACUUCGUGAAUCUGUCAAACAUGCCGAGAUGGCUGCCAUGACACCAGUGCACACACCCGCCUCCACACCGGUCUCCUCAGUCAAGGACGGCCAACAGCCACAGCUCUCCACAUUGGCCUCUGUUGGAAUGGAGACGGUCAUUCAAGAUAUUGUGCACCGCCCGACCAUCAAUACUUACGACAGCCACUUGUACCUCUCGCAGCCAACAUCAGCGCCCGUCGAGCGCAAGACGUUCAUCCACAACGUGCCUCAAAACUACAUCCAUGACUUCACAAGCUUUAACGCAGCCUCUUUAUAUGGUGCCCCAUUCUACAGUGAUCCUCAGCGUCAGCGGAUGAUGCAGAUGCCUGAUGGUCUGAGCAGCCAUGAACAGCUUCAAGCUGCGGUGAAUGGAAUGCCGGUAGAGAUGAAUAAAUACCAUCAAGACGUUACUCAUGAGUAGUAAAGGCAAUCCACUUUCUGUCUUCACUGUCCAUUUGUCUGUGCAGCUCGUCAACAUGGUUGUGUGUCCAGCAGUGAUGCUUACAGGUCAAACUUGUUGAUUCAAGGUCAAAUUGUCCGGCUCACAAUACCGGUGUUAGUAGAUGAAGAGUUCUGUUUGAUCACCAAUGAACAUACUGUGUUGACACGAUUAAGCUGGUUGAUGUGCAUCUGGCUUCAUAGAGUCGACACAGUAGUUGUAAAGGAUACUUUUGAUGGGGAUCAUACUAGAGUUAGUUUUAUAACGGGUGCUUUUUCUAUUGGAAGAAUAUUUUGUGUAUAAUAAGAUAACUUAGGUUGUUUUCAGUAGAGCUAAGGCAUUGAGAUUAUUGUUAUAAAUACAUACAUGUAAUGAUUAGCUACUGGUAGUAAUUAUUUGCGUUGAGAUCAUGUGUAGCCAUUUUAACCUAUGUUUAACUGUCCCUGGUGUGUCAGUUUGCGCAUUAGUCGCCAUAAAAAUGCUUUAAUUUUCUUGUGCCAUAAAAUCUUUGUAUAUCGAUCUCUCAUGGCUGCAAGAUGAAAAUGGCAUCCAAGUGCAGAGGAUGAAAGUGUUGUUCCUCACUUUAUAGAUGGGUUCAUGCUGAGCACUACUUCAUUCUACCCGAACUUGAGCGCCCUGUCUUGUCCUAAUUUGCCAUUCAUUUGGCUCAUUUACACAUGACUUGUUUACUAAUCUCAUGUAAAGGUAAACCCGCUGGUUGUGUUAGUGGUUUUAUGUUACAAAUGUAUUAUGAUUCAGUUGAUUUGUGUGUACUAAAUUAUUAUCACUGUUGUAGCUACUCUACCUAGCUAAUUAGGUCAAAUUAGUGAGUUUUGAUUGUUGUGUUGUGUUUAUGUUGAUCUGUAAUUUAUUCCCAAGUCAUUGGUCUUUAACUCUGGCAAAAGACACUCGCUGCAGAAUGUCUGAUAAAAUGAGUGGCUAUAUGGAAAGAUUUUUUGUUAGAAGUAUUACUGAUGAUAUCUUAUCUGAUGAUAAGUUUCACAGUCAUUAGAGAAAUUUCAAGUUUCACAUUGUCAGGAGAAAAUACAUGUAGGUCAGAUGCAAAAUUCACUUUAUCGACUAAUCUAUAAUUUUUCUUCACUAAUUUUGGAAACUGUUACGACACUAAAGUGGAUUGUUGCAAUGAAAAUCUAAUCUUUUGUGAAAUUGUCUUUUGACUUGUUUAUUCCUUUGAUGAUUUCAUUGCAUUGAGUUUGUUUGAUGAUGUCCAUUGUUUGAAUCAAUAAACACAAUGUUCAUAUUGAGAGAAA